UGAACCUUGUGAUAUUGUUGGUGAUGUUAGUUAUGAAGAACUACGGGCAAUUGCAUAUGAUGAAGCCAAACGAGGGAUAAGCUUGCAAUCAAUUGUUGAAAGAGAGAGAAAUUUACUUAAUUCUAAGUUAGCCGAGUUCGACAGCCUUCUUCAUAAGCCGUAUGUAACACCAGUAAAUCAUACUCCUGGCAAUCAAAGCUCAUUUUUGGGGACUAAUUCUCAUUCAACUCUACCAAGUGCUCAAAAUAGUGCUCAUCCUUCAUUGUCAAGUUUUAGCCAGUUGGGUGCAUCACUUAAUACGGGGUUUGGUGCUAGGCCCUCCAACCCACCUAAUAAUGCAUUUGGUCAACCAGUUCAAUUAUCGAGUGCCCUACGAAAAUCGAGUGCAUUUGGAGUAGCAAAUUUUCCAUCAACAAGUGCUGUGGCAGUUGCAGGUGCACUUGGUAGUCAACUGCCUAGCCAAACAUUUGGAAACUCUACUUUAAGUGGCUUCAAUAAUAGUGGAUUAGCAAAUAUUGGAAGCAAUCUUUUUUCCUCCCCAGCAAUCUUAACAAAUUUCCCUCCAACGGAUGCCUCAUCAACUAUCUUUUCCACUAGUUCGAAUUUGAGUGCAGGGGAACAAAUUGCGUCAAAUGCUCAGUUGGUACAUAAUUUACAGCAGGAAAAUAGUUCUGUGGAUGUUAGCAUUUGGUUGAAAGAGAAAUGGGUUCCUGGAGAGAUACCAGAAGUGGCACCUCCAGAUGCAGUUGUUCAAUAACACAUGCUUUGAGGAUGAUAUAUUAGGGGAUUAGACAAUGAUGUUAUAUAGUAUAUAUGAUGCAAUGUAAACCAUUUAUUCUUUCCUUGUAUUAAGUACUAGCCGUUAGCCUUUUUUAAUGUUAGUUAUUUUCUGUUAGGCAACUAGCCGUUGGAGGUUCUCUCUUUAAAAACCUUCCAACUUCUUGUAAGAUUCAUUCAGAAUUUUAAUAAAACUCUCUCAUUGGUAUUA